GUUUUGAAUUUAUAUUUGCGCAAGCAUAUUAUUAUACCCGGGUACAUUAGUAUUCUAUUUUUUGGUAUGUGUGGUCGAUGUGCACCGGUGCCAUGGAAACACGCAGGAAAACAAAACGUCCAAGGAACGUUAGUUUUUUUAACCCCAUUUCCUCGCAAUAAAAACGUUUGUGGGUAGUUAAAAGUGUAAAUGUGCAAGUAAACGCUUGUCUGUAGCUGUUGUCAUCGAUUUUGUAUUGGUUCUGGUUGUAAUACAUGAAUUAUAUUACAAAUAAUAAUUUACAAUGAGUGACAGUUGGCGGCAAACAAUGAUGAGCAUUACUGAUCGCAUAUUUCCAUCUCUCCCUCCCGAAGAAAAAGUCGGAACAGCUUUUGGUAACGAAAUCGUAUCUAGUCUUCCACUGCAAAUGUCAUUGUAUUUUAACGUCGUGUACUUUCCAUUUUGGCUUUAUACGUUUUUAUCACUGAUCUCGUUUAAACUCAAUUGUUUAAACAUGUUGAUUCAAACUAUAAUCUCCGUGUCGCUAUUUUUGAUACUUAUGCUGGAAUGCGCUCGAUUAUACUUGGGUGUUCAAGGAAAUCUCAACGAAAAAAUUCCGGAUUUGGCCGCAUUUUGGAUGUUUUCGUUGAUCCUCCAAUUACCUCUACAGUUGGUAUUCUUGUUCCUGAACAACAUGCCUGUUGAAAUGGCCGUCCAAGGCAUAAUGUGCCUUUUACUCUUGUCGCAGCUCGUUUUUGGGUUCGUGGUCCUGCGUGACAUGGCAAAACACCACAAGCUCCGUUUCCACAUAUCACAAUUCUACUGCACUCAACACAGCAAAACCGAAUGAAUCAAAAAUAUGUUUUCAAUUUUCAUAACAUUUAAUGAAUGGAUGAAAUCAGAAUGGAUGGGUGAAUAAACUAAAUCAAGUACUUUUGUAUACACUUACUUAUACAUAUAAUAUUACUAUACACCACUACCUACCUAUUUAUAAUUGAUGAGUCGCAUUAUCGCACUAUCGCAAAAGAAUAAAAAAUGUUUAAAAAUGUUUCGGGUUCGGGUUUUUUGUGCAUGCGGACGAUGUUUGCAAAUCGGGUGGCAUCGCAAUGCGCAACAAAAGAACUUUGUUAAGGGCGAGUUAACGACCGAAAGAGGUAAAUGAGUCGAGAGAAGGACUGGUCGGGCAUAUUCAAACACCAGAUGGAAGAGAUAAUAGAAUAUUACGCGGAAACACAGAAGUAUUUAAUAUAAUAUUAUACAUGUGCGGUAUGUGUUCCAAGGGACGUUUUAAGGGUUAAACCAUUGUCUAGGGAUUCCGGGAUACGCCAGUGCGCCGUUUGUCUUACAGUUGUGCGCGCCAUAUCUCCGCGUGUAUAAUAUAAUGAAAGUUAAUGAGGCUGAAAUGCAGAUUGCACAGCAAGACGGUGCCGUUUUCGCUGAUUAAUGGCUCCCCAUUCGCGGAGGAAACAAUGCGAUAAUAACUUUAUUACGCCGGACGAACAAGUCGUGUCGCUCAGGAAAUCCAGCCCAGAGUGUGUUAUCUGGUCUCCCGAGAUCUAUCUCGUGUUGUAAUCGCAUUGAUAUAAUUAUAUUAUAAUACAAAAUAUA